AUGGUACUCGCUGUAGCCGCACUUUUCUCGAAUGCACACGUGGCUUCCAAAUCAGCCACCGUCUACCGACAACUCAAAGUGAAUGUUGACCUUGUUGAUCUGGUUGAGAGUGUCAACCUUGCUGCAAGUGCCAAUUCUACUUCCAGUGCUAGCUCAAAUGUUGAUUCUGACUCGGGCGACGGAGCCAACUCUGAUCUUAGUGACGAUUCACAAAAAAGCUUUGGCCAGAAUUCUACUACAACGUCUGAGUCUGCAAAUAUGACACAGGUCCCAAACGGUUUAAGCACCGCAAAUCCAAGUGCAACAGCAAAUUCUGACGCGAACAAGAAUAAUGACACCACCACAACGUCCUCUUCAGAAUCGAGCAUAGGAUCGGACGAGGAUGCGAUGACAACGCCAACUCCGGAUGUCAAUAAUGUAUCAGUAGCUGAUAGCUUAACCGAGGAGGUGCGUUGCUUUGUAAAUGACGAUCCGAAGAUGUUGCUUUCGGAUAUGUUCAAAUACAUUGGUGAUGUAUCGGUAAAGAUCCAGCAGUACAAUGUCGAGAAGUACAAGUCUCUUUUGCAAAAAAUUAUAAAUGCCCACGGUCUGACAGGUAUGGAAAUCCCAGGCGUCAACCUUGGCAAGAACUACAAGAUGUAUGAUGUGGAGAGCUGGAUUGGAGAAGGAAAGUAUGACAGCUUCUUCCACUUUCAUAGCAGUCUUGGUUUUGGUAAGCAAAGGUCCGACUACGGAAGACUUAAACAGCAGCUCGAUCAAGUACCAAUAUUCGGCUUCAAUUCUGGUCGAUACGAUAUCAACUUGAUUAAGAGCGACUUAUUUGCCAUCAUUGGUACAGACAAUAUCGAAUCUGUCAUUAAGAACCCCAGCUACAUGUGCAUUGCUACAUCAAACAUGAAAAUGCUCGAUAUUAGCAACUAUGUACCAGCUGGUACCAGCUACGAUAAGUAUCUUACGACAUAUCUCGGUGGCUGCAAAUGUGAAGACAAAAUUAGAUGUGUUUGUGGUCUUGGUAAGGGUAUUUUCCCAUACGAGUACAUCACAUCAUAUGGUGUGCUAAGUCAGACUACCAUCCCGCCUAAAUCAGCUUUUGACAGCAAGCUUCGUGGAACAAGUAUCACUAGGGAUGAAUACGAACGAGUAAAGUUCGUGUGGGGGUACUAUGGGAUGAAAUCUAUCAAGGACCUAUUGAUCUGGUACAACAAUCUCGAUGUAGUUCCAUGUAUUAAGGCCAUCAAGUCUCAGCGUGAGCUAUUCAUGCGUUUCGAUCUCGAUAUGUUCUCGGAUGGAGUGUCGCUACCUGGUCUUUCAGAGAAGGUUAUGUAUCAGACUUGCUUCAACAAUCUUCAAUAUCCGGAUAAGAAACCUGCUAACGCAUUCCAUUUUCCAGCUAAGCGCAUGAGUGGCUAUAAGAUCCAGGAUGAUAAGGCAAAACGGAAAUUUGGUAUGACACUCGAUCACUUGAAUAUAUUGCUGCAAAAGCAAAAGUAUCUGUGUGGCUUAUGCUACUGUCAGCUAACCAAAGAAACCGCUUCAGCCGAUCGCAUCAACAACAAGCUUGGGCACAUCGAUGGAAAUAUAUUGGUCAGCUGUAUCAAGUGCAAUACCGCCCGUAAAGACAUGUCGCUCAGAGGAUUUCGCUACAAGAAAUUGCUUGAGUUCAACUCGGACAGGUUGGUGUAUAGCAUUGAUAAAGAAGAAAAGGACAUCUACGCUAAAAUGAAGGCUAACAUUGCUGGAGGUCCAUCUAUUAUCUUCAAUCGCUAUGCCAAACGCAACGAGACCAAGAUUCGAGGUAAGCUGUGUAAAAAGAUUAUUGGAUACGAUGCUAAUGCUCUCUAUCUGUGGGCACUUGGUAAUGAAAUGCCAUGCGGACGAUUGACUACGAUCGAUGCAUAUGAAGGCAUUGUCGAGGACAUUGUCACUGACAAGAUUUUUGGAUUCCUCGAAUGUGAUAUUCGUACUCCAGACCAUCUUAAAGACUACUUCAGUGAGAUGACCCCAAUUUUCGAAAAUACGCUUAUCGAUUGUACUGAUGAGAGUGUCAUUGGACACCACAUGUACGCGUACAACGAGACACGUAAGAAAAGCCGAGCAAAACCAGCUCGUAAGCUGAUAGGUAGCUACUUUGGUGAGAAGAUCCUUGUCUACGCGCCUUUGCUUAAGUGGUAUCUCGAUCAUGGAAUGGUGAUCACAAAGACUUACAGCUUUAUCAAAGCGAGCUCUCACAAGCCUUUUGAGUCGUUCAUGGGCCAAGUGUCCGAUGCACGACGCGAGGGAGAUGUGAACAAAGCUAUAGAUUUCUUGAACAGCCUCAAGAAAACUGUUUCAAAGUGGCGGUUAAAAGAUGAUGAAGACGAUGUCAAAAAAUAUUUUGAAGAGCUUUCGUAUCAUCAGAUAUCGACUGAGAUGGUUAUAUCUAAAUCCAAAGACUAUGGAUUUCAGUCUGAUGACCUAAAAAGACUAAUCAAAGAAGUAUCCGAUGUUCAUGAGUUUGCCAAGAGUAACAGCAUGAUAGCUGAGAUGAUGAAACUGGUUGGCAAUAGUGCUUUCGGUCGAUCCGGAAUGGAUAUGAGUAAGCACAAAGUGGUUAAUUAUGAGUCGAACGAUGAAGCUAUUAAGAGAAAGAUCGAGCACUUUACGUUCCACGGGUUAGAGGAGCUCAAUGGUUCUUGUGAAAUUACGAUGAAGAAACGCCGUCUUAAUAACAAGAACCCAAUCCAUUUGUCAAUCGCUAUUUAUCAGCUUGCUAAGCUUCGCAUGCUUCAACAGCGGCUAUAUCGCUUUCAGCUGCGAGAACCCCUUUAG